GUUUUCAUAUCACUACCGUUUGAGUUCUUGUGCUGUGUGGAUAUCCUCCCGACACAAAGCCGCUCCAUCAGACCGAAAGACUUAAUUUAUAUUUAUUUAAUUAAUUUUAAUAAAAACAGACCAAAACUUACAAAAUGUGUGACGAAGAAGUUGCUGCAUUGGUUGUCGAUAACGGCUCUGGCAUGUGCAAGGCCGGUUUCGCUGGCGAUGAUGCGCCCCGCGCCGUCUUCCCAUCGAUUGUGGGCCGUCCCCGUCACCAGGGUGUGAUGGUCGGUAUGGGCCAGAAGGACUCGUAUGUCGGUGAUGAGGCCCAGAGCAAGCGUGGUAUCCUCACUCUGAAGUACCCCAUUGAGCACGGUAUUGUGACCAACUGGGAUGAUAUGGAGAAGAUCUGGCAUCACACCUUCUACAAUGAGCUGCGUGUGGCCCCCGAGGAGCAUCCCGUUCUGUUGACCGAGGCCCCGCUGAACCCCAAGGCUAACCGCGAGAAGAUGACACAGAUCAUGUUCGAGACCUUCAACACACCCGCCAUGUACGUGGCCAUCCAGGCCGUGCUCUCCCUGUACGCCUCUGGUCGUACCACCGGUAUUGUGCUGGAUUCCGGUGAUGGUGUCUCCCACACCGUGCCCAUCUAUGAGGGUUAUGCCCUGCCCCACGCCAUCCUGCGUCUGGAUUUGGCCGGUCGCGAUCUGACCGACUACCUGAUGAAGAUCCUCACCGAGCGUGGCUACUCCUUCACCACCACUGCCGAGCGUGAAAUCGUCCGUGACAUCAAGGAGAAGCUGUGCUAUGUCGCCCUUGACUUUGAGCAGGAGAUGGCCACCGCUGCCUCCAGCUCCUCUCUGGAGAAGUCCUAUGAGCUUCCCGACGGUCAGGUGAUCACCAUCGGUAACGAGCGUUUCCGUUGCCCCGAGGCCCUGUUCCAGCCCUCGUUCCUGGGUAUGGAAGCGUGCGGCAUCCACGAGACCACCUACAACUCGAUCAUGAAGUGCGAUGUCGAUAUCCGUAAGGAUCUGUAUGCCAACACUGUGCUGUCCGGUGGUACCACCAUGUACCCUGGCAUCGCUGAUCGUAUGCAGAAGGAGAUCACCGCCCUGGCCCCGUCCACCAUGAAGAUCAAGAUCAUUGCUCCACCAGAGCGCAAGUACUCUGUCUGGAUCGGUGGCUCCAUUCUGGCUUCGUUGUCCACCUUCCAGCAGAUGUGGAUCUCCAAGCAGGAAUACGAUGAGUCUGGCCCCUCCAUUGUGCACCGCAAGUGCUUCUAAGAAGGAACAGCAACCAAGGAUGUGUGGUUAGAUGAGCAGGAGGAGGAGGAGGAGGAUAUGAAGAAAGAAGAAGAAUUCAACUCGAAGGCGCAAGUGCGAGUGCGAGUGGUGGAAGUUCGGAGUGCAGCACAACAACAACAACAACAACACCAUUUGAAGCAGAAUCAGCAGCAACACACACCAUCACCAUCAUUUGCCGCAUUGUUGUGGUGUCCCCCCCAGCCCUUUCCCGUGGAGGGGGGAUGCACACGAUCUGGCGUGUUGUGUUCUAGAAUUAAUUUAAUUUAUUUCAUGAAAAAUAAUGUACUAUGUAUUUUUGUUUUUUUUUUUUUUAUUUUCUAUACCUUUAAUAUAACGAAACUACAAACAAAAACAAAAAACAAAAAAAUUAGAUGAAACGAGAACAGCAUAAUUCUGCCAUUCCAUGGACACAACACUCACCUACACUCACUCACACACACACACACAACACACAACCCCCCACCCACAAACACUCACGCGUAAAAGUGGAAAAAAAACACACACACACAUACACACAAAAAUGAUUUGAAGUGAAAUCCAUUGCAAAACACAAACAACAACACUAGCGUUUUGUAAAAUUCGUCAGCAACCUUAUGUAUUAUUUUUUAAUUAUGAUGUAAUUAUAAAAACAAAAGUGAAACAAAAAUAUGAAAACAAGGAAAA